GGUGGUGUUGAUUUGGCAGGAGGUUUUAUUUGUGCUUUGCCCAGUUUCGGACUCGUUGGCCACACGUACACACACAACUGUGUGUGUGUGUGUGUGUGUGCCUCUUAUUUGCUCGUUCAGUUUUCUUCGCGGGUCGAGAAUGGUCUUGUCAACAUCACAACAAGUCGCCCUGGCGUUCACGGCGGUGCUGUUCACGUUCGUCGUCCUCCCGAAGAUGUUCGGCGUCGGCACUGGGGCGAAGGAGACGAGGCUCGAGCCUCGCUACUCCAGGAAAGGAGGUCCGUCGGUCAGCACGGGCGCCCCCAGCUCACAUCAGUCGGCCGAGAGCGUGCAGCAGAUGAAGAGGCUGAUGGAGCAGGAGCUGAAGGCCGACAAGUUCAAAUCCAACAAUAACAGCAAGGGCUACGUGUUCACGCUCAUGCCGUUGUACGCCAUUGGGGUCGGGGUGUUUGCGGCGUACAAGUUUCUUAAGAUCAAGUCUUCAGAUGACCAGGCACAAAAGGACAAAUUUGCAAAAGGAGCCAAAAAAUCGGCCGAAGCAGAGAACCAGUUGAGCGAACUGGAACAAAGGCUCGCGCAAACAGAGAGGAUGCUCAAUUCCAUUCUCAUCCAGCUUGACCCGCUCACAAACUGUGCCAAAUCUGUGGCCCAGGAUCAGAAGAACGAGAUCUUGACCCAACUCCAGACCAUCCGCUACCUUAUGAAAAAAAGAGGAAUGGACUGCCCGCCUUUGAACGAGUCCUGCUUCGAGCAGAGUCUGGACCACCUCAUCGAAACGCUGGGGGCCAGGGAGACGUCGCCGCACGCCGACAAAAGCUCGGAAAAGUCAGGAGGCGGCGACAUGAAGGAACCUCUCCCGGAAAGAUCGGAGGAGGAAACGGCGGAAGGGAACGCAGGCGACGCCGAGGAGGAAGACGAGGAAGCCGACGAAGAGGAGCGAACGGAGGAAGAGGAAGGAUACGAGGAGUUUGAUGUCACGCCUUCGCUCGAGGACGCAAACCACGAGGAUGGCGGCCAAGUGCGGCGGGCGUGCGGCCUCAGGCGGCGCAUCGUUCCGGAAUGAACACACUGCGGGCAGUAGCUUUCUGUAUAGGAUUAUUUAUUGUCUGAAAAUUAGUCACAAAGUCCUUGUCUCGCCCUCCCUCUCAAGAAAAAAAAAUGUUUCAAUCACUCAGUACACAGGGCCAGUUGUUUCUGAUAUAAUGUAAGUGCAGUCUGUCCUCUGUUCCAUCAGCAGCUGUUAUUAAAUGUGGGAGAAAAAAAAAAAAAAAGAUUUAGAUGUGCCUUUUUAAAGUUGGGAGUGAACUGACUAACGCGAAAUUUUAAUUUUGGAUUUAAUCGCGUUUUUAAAAUCUCAUCGAACUGGAAUUGUUUAUAAAACCACGUGUCUAUUAUGGCAAAUACGAUUUUUAUUUUUAUUUUAACCAAUGCAUUUUCAUACAAUUUUGGUCAUGUUUAAUUAAAAUAAUAUAAAUAUGUUUUGUAAAUGAUUAAAUGACAUAGUAAAGGUAAUUACAGUCCCAAAAAAAAAAGCGUAUUCCUUAUUACUUUAAAGUCCUUUCAAAUAAGUUUUAAAAGUCAAAAGUCUCGCUGCAUGUUUUUGUGACUUCCUUGCCUGCAAAAUGUUAUAGCAUGGUAUAAUCUUUAAAAAAAAAAAAAAAAAGUGUGAACUCGCAAUUCAUCUUGAAUAUUGUCACUGUCCUCCUUCCUCGUGCUUUAUAAUCGUUUGAUACAUCCAAAGUUUAAUUGCCGUCAUUCAGUUACUGUCCCUUACCUGGAAUUAUAUGAAAACAAAAAUGUUCCUUGUUUUUAUCUUGUUUGGAUUUUGUAUGCGUUGCAUUGCAUUUAUUGUCUUUUUAAAAAAAAAAAUCUCCUUACUUUCUCCCAAUAUUCGUAGAUUGUGGAAGUGGUGGGCUAAAACAUAUUUCUAAAGAAAUAAAUGGAUAAAAGAUUGA